GUAGAGACAGAGAGAUACACACAGAGAACAUUCAGCAUAAAGAAGACAAACAUCCUGUGAGGAGAAUCAGAGCUGCUGUGAAGCUGAACUCAACUCACAAUGAAGAUCUUCAUCAUCUUCACAUUCUACCUCAUCUCAGUAUUAAUCUGAUCAGGUUCAGUGAGAUGCUUUGAUGUGACUGGAUAUUCUGGAGGAAGUGUUCUUGUUAAUUCUUGGAGGAAUUCGUACAAUUACCAUAUACAAAUUGAAAAGGAAACUCAGGACGAGUGGAUAACCAUACUGAAUUUAAAUAAACAUGAUCAAUGGAUUACUGAAGGAAGAUUCUCUCUGUAUCGCAUCAGUAAUAGAAAGCUCAUGAUCUUCAUCAGAGAACUGAAAACAACAGAUGCUGGAAGAUACUGGAUCAGAAAUAAAUAUUCAUCUGGUUUUCAGUCUGUUGAUAUGACUUUGAUAGUGAAAGAUGAAUCAUGUUGUGGGAGGUCAAAAAUGGUGACUGUGAAUAGUGGAGAAACUGCUGAGUUCAGCUGUGAAUAUUCACAGAAUCACAAGACUAACUGGAAGACAAUAUUCAAAGAAGGAAAAACAUCCAUUGAGGAGAUCUACAGCACAUGGAAUAUGAAAGGAAGAUUCAGUAUUUCUGAUGAAAGAUAUAAAAAUCUCUUCAGUGUCAGAAUUACUGCUGUGACACCAGAUGAUGGAGGAGUUUAUUUAUGUGGAGUUCAGAUCAACAGACACUCGUACAGUUACUCCAUUACUACAACUGUUCAUCUACACAUUAUGAAUAAAGUGGGUUCAUAUAGAGUGACCGGUUACUCAGGAGGUCAGAUCAUUAUCAAGUGUGAACACCCUCAGUACAAAACCAACCCAAAAUAUAUCUGUAAAGAAUCAGAUGGAUGUUCUGAGAGGAAGUAUCCAGGAGUUGAGAAUAAAUGGAUGGAAAAUGGAGAUGUUUCUUUAUAUGAUGACACCAGAGGAGGAGUCUUGAUGGUGUUCUUUAGAGAUCUGAAUGCUGGAGAUGCUGGAACAUACAGGUGUGGAGUCAAUGUAUCUCAAUAUACUGACAGAGUUACUCAAGUCACACUGGAUGUCAAAGACGAUACAUCACUGGUAAAGGAGACAAUUAAAUCUGUUUAUCUUGGUGAGGAAGUGAAGAUUUUCUGUCAGAUCCCAGAGGAACAUGAAGUCAGUUCAACACACUUUUGUAAAGAGGAUGAUGAUCACAUCUGUCAAACUGUCAACACAUCUGAAGAGACACAAAUGAAUUCUUUAUCUGAGAGAAAUGAAGCAAGAGUUUUUACUGUGAGCAUCAGUAAUCUGACAGUGAGAGAUGCUGGAGUUUACUGGUGUGGAACAGAAACCAGUGAAGAACAUCUGACUUUCAUCUCUCUGAUCACUGAAGUUCAUCUCAACCUCAUCAAGAAAGUGGGUUCAUAUAGAGUGACCGGUUACUCAGGAGGUCAGAUCAUCAUCAAGUGUGAACACCCUCAGUACAAAACCAACCCAAAAUAUAUCUGUAAAGAAUCAGAUGGAUGUUCUGAGAGGAAGUAUCCAGGAGUUGAGAAUAAAUGGAUGGAAAAUGGAGAUGUUUCUUUAUAUGAUGACACCAGAGGAGGAGUCUUGAUGGUGUUCUUUAGAGAUCUGAAUGCUGGAGAUGCUGGAACAUACAGGUGUGGAGUCAAUGUAUCUCAAUAUACUGACAGAGUUACUCAAGUCACACUGGACGUCAAAGAGGAAUUGACACAGCAGUUGAAUAAAUCUAUUUAUCUUGGUGAGGAAGUGAACAUCACCUGUCAGAUCCCAGAGGAACAUGAAGUCAGUUCAACACACUUUUGUAAAGAGGAUGAUGAUCAUAUCUGUCAAACUGUCAACACAUCUGAAGAGACACAAAUGAAUUCUUUAUCUGAGAGAAAUGAAGCAAGAGUUUUUACUGUGAGCAUCAGUAAUCUGACAGUGAGAGAUGCUGGAGUUUACUGGUGUGGAACAGAAACCAGUGAAGAACAUCUGACUUUCAUCUCUCUGAUGACAAAAAUCCAACUCACAUUAACUAGGCCUCCAGUAUUUGGUCAUGAAGGAGAAUCUGUUGAGAUCAUCUGUCCUUAUGAUCCGAUCUAUAAAUCAAAGUCAAAGUAUCUCUGUAAGGGGAAGUGCUCCACUAGAGAUAGAAAUCCUCUCAUUGAGACUGUGAGAGACCAGAAUGAGACCAAGACUGACAGAUUGACUCUGAAUGAUGACAUCACAGCAAGUGUCUUUACUGUGACCAUCACGGGACUGACAGCAGAGGAUGCUGGGAAAUACUGCUGUGCAAUGACAUUAGAAAGAGACGUGAAUUAUCUUUACACUCAUCUGAUCAUUAUCAGGAAACAAGAGCUGAUCUUGAAUCAGUCUGAAGGAGAUGACAUCUCAAUCAAGUGCAAACAUCAUGAUGAACAUCAGAAAUUCUUCUGUAAAGGACAUCAAGCCUCAAUGUGUGUAAAGGAUGGAGUUUCAUUGGAGAGAAUCAGAGAUGAUGGAUUCUCUUUAAGUGAUGAAGCAUCUACUGGAGUCUUUACUGUAAACAUCACUGAUCUGAGACAAGAGGAUUCUGGGAUAUACUGGUGUGGAUCUGAUGCCAUCACUAAAGUCAUUCUAGAAGUGAAAAAGAGUGUUUCUGAUAAAAUCAGUGCUUGCGUUUGUGUGGUCCUGUUGCUCAUGGGUGGAGUAGUCCUGUUGUUAUACAAAUUUAGAAAUAUCAAGACACCAGACCGCAGCAGCUCCACAGACAGGACAGAGAUGCGAAGUGGACAGGUCUCCCAUGCUGCCUGUGACUAUGAGAAUAUUAAAGACAUCAGACAAUAUCCAGUCUCACAUCCUGAGGAAACUGUACUAUAUUCUAGAGUGAAGAUCCCCACAAACUCUUCUGAUCCACAUAUGUUAUAUUCUACAGUACAGUUACCAACAAAUCUCUUUAAUCAACAUGAAGUAUUAUAUUCAACAGCAAAUUUCCCCUCAAACUCCUCUGAUGGGCUCCUGUAUGCUGCUGUCAGUUUUCAGAAACAUGAAGAUUCUCUCACUGAUGAUACAGUCACAUUCAGGAAAGAGGAGAAUUAAUCUGAUUACACAAAUGUAAAUCACCACACAAGACAAAUUAUUCAGUAAGAGAUUACUGUAUAAACUUGCAUUGGUUCACAGGUCUUGUAUAAAUGAUGAAUAAUAGUUAGAAAAUAUUUUUCUUAGCAUUUUUUAGCUGUUAUACUGUAACAGUUAUUUUUAGUUCAAUUAGCAUACGGAAGCAGAAAGAAAAAGUGGCCAAUUUACAGUGUGUUAUCAUUUGGUUACUGUCACCAGCAGUUGUGCAGAUGUACAGACAGUGUGUGACAGAUAUGUAUUCAUAUUGAAUAUUGUGCGCCAUGUUCAUUUGUCUGAACCAUUCACUGUAUAUAAAUGUAUUUAGUUAAAGCGUAAUGUUCAAGUAUAUGACGCAUCAUAUAAAAAAUGAUUCAUCGGUAAUGAUUAUUUAAAGGCUUUGAAAUGUCAGCAUCAUAAAGUAUGUGAAUGCAUUAUUAUGUACGUACACAUAUUAUAAUAGGCCAGGUUUAAAAUGCAACACUUUAAACCAUAUGUAACAGGGCGUUCCUGCUCUGCGACUCUAUCCACCAAGGGUGCGGUGGAUUUCAUUUCAUUUAAAUGGUCUGUUUGAGUUUGUCUUCCUCUGCUGUUUAUAAUUAGACAUGCAGUUAGGAUGGGCUCUUUUGACUACAUACACUGAAUGCCCUAGCAAUUAUCUGUGCAUGUUUUAAUCUUUAAGUAGACCUUGUACUUAGAAACUGCCCUACUGAGAAGAGUCUACAAUCAGUCUACAUCUAUGUGAUUUGCUGGUUUAGCGUGUUGGCCUGCUGUAGUCCCAGCCAAGUCUGGAGACAAGUGCCCAAAACUGCUCUAAAACCAUCCAAACAGACCUGAUUUCAUGCUACCAGAUGUUUUUGACGCUGAAUUUAUUAUGAAGGUAACAUUUUACUACUGAAGCGUAAGCACCCUUCAUUUAAUGAAGUCAUUGAUAAUUUUCUACAGUAACAUGUGGCUCAUUGUCUUUUUACAUAACCUAUAUGUAACAUGUUUAAUUGUGCAAAAGAAUAGCCAACAGUUUAAAAAAGACAACAUUUCUGAUUUUUAACACUCUAAAUCCCAUAUCACAGACCACAUGAACAUCCAGCACUUCAAAGUUUGCAGUGCACAUAUAACUAGAUAGAAACUGUGAUGCUGGCUUGACAAAGCCUUGCCUGAAAGUUUACACUAGUUUUAAAAGUUUAAGUUUGAUGGUUAUACAGACAUUACAGUAAGCCAUGUAUAUACUUAUGUAUUUUCAUAAGACGGAUAAAUAAAAAAAAAAAUUAAAAAAAAACAUUAAAUGAUUUGUUUUGCUAUAUUUUUUUAGCUGUUCUUAAUUUUAAUUGCUUUAAUACUGAUUUUUAUUAGCUGCAUUUUUGGAUUUCUCAAAUUAUUAUUACAAAAAGAGAUUCUAUUGUUGUUUCUUGUGUAGUUAAUGUUUGUCAUAUCAAUAUCCCUGUGUAUUUAGUUACAAAUGUUGUAAAUAAGCUUAUCAAAACUAGACAAAGUGCAGGGAUCAGAUUUUACAUUUUCGUCGAUCAAUCAGUCAAUCAAAUCAAAUACAUCUUUUGGAGAAUAAUUCUUAUUUUGUGAUUCAGUGUUGCUUUUGUUUUUACUGUCCCAUUUAGGGAAGGUUUCAUCUGACAGAGUUAAAAGUAAUGAUGGCAAAAUGAAGCUUUCUGAAGCAAUGAGGCUUUUAAAAUAAUAUACUAAAAUUGGGCUCAUUGCUGGAAGCUUUUCUACUGCCUUUACAUACUUACACAAUGCAUUGUUAAUUUUACUGCCAUCUGAUUGUCAAAAGGAUGAAGUGCACAUACUGUAUAUACUACAUCACUGUUGUCCCAUUACUACUAGAGAUGCAAUGAUAUGGGAUUUUGUGGGCAGAUAACCUAUAACACACAGCUCAUUGUGGCUGAUAUGAUAAC